UUGGACCUUCUCCGCCGCCGUCUUUUUCCGGCAGUUAGGGGCGCUUCCUGUUGUUCUCGCCCUCCCAAUAGCCUCCUUCCCUUCCCCUGAGAAGCACCCCAACAGCCGUCGAGAGGCUCCUCCCCUCUUCCGGCAGGCUGGCUGCUGCCGGGGGUCCUGGCCUGACGACCAAGCCAGCUGGGAGGGACCGGCGCCGGGGCUCGAUCCUGCGGCCCGGGGGGCUCUGCAGCCAUGGCAAUGACAGGCUCAACACCUUGUUCUUCCAUGAGUAAUCAUACGAAGGAACGGGUUACUAUGACAAAAGUGACAUUGGAGAAUUUUUACAGCAACCUUAUUGCACAGCAUGAAGAACGGGAAAUGAGACAAAAGAAGCUAGAGAAAGUGAUGGAAGAAGAAGGCUUAAAAGAUGAAGAGAAGCGACUCAGGAGAUCAGCACAUGCUCGGAAGGAAACAGAGUUUCUUCGAUUAAAAAGAACAAGACUUGGACUGGAAGACUUUGAGUCCUUAAAAGUAAUAGGCAGAGGAGCAUUUGGUGAGGUGAGGCUUGUUCAGAAGAAAGAUACAGGCCACGUGUAUGCAAUGAAAAUACUUCGCAAAGCAGAUAUGCUUGAAAAAGAGCAGGUUGGCCACAUUCGUGCGGAGCGUGACAUUCUAGUGGAGGCAGACAGUUUGUGGGUUGUGAAAAUGUUCUAUAGUUUUCAGGAUAAGCUAAACCUCUACCUAAUCAUGGAGUUCCUGCCCGGAGGUGACAUGAUGACCUUAUUGAUGAAAAAGGACACUCUAACUGAAGAGGAGACUCAGUUCUAUAUAGCAGAAACGGUGUUAGCAAUAGACUCAAUUCAUCAGCUUGGAUUUAUCCAUAGAGACAUCAAACCAGAUAACCUCCUCCUGGAUAGCAAGGGCCACGUGAAGCUUUCUGACUUCGGCCUCUGCACAGGACUAAAGAAAGCUCAUAGGACAGAAUUUUAUAGGAACUUAAAUCACAGUCUCCCCAGUGACUUCACUUUCCAGAACAUGAAUUCCAAAAGGAAAGCAGAAACCUGGAAAAGAAAUAGACGCCAGCUAGCCUUCUCCACAGUGGGCACUCCAGAUUACAUUGCUCCCGAAGUGUUUAUGCAAACCGGAUACAAUAAGCUCUGUGAUUGGUGGUCUCUUGGGGUUAUCAUGUAUGAAAUGCUCAUUGGUUACCCUCCUUUCUGUUCUGAGACUCCUCAGGAAACUUAUAAGAAGGUGAUGAAUUGGAAAGAAACACUGACUUUUCCUCCAGAAGUUCCAAUCUCAGAGAAAGCUAAGGAUCUUAUUUUAAGAUUCUGCUGUGAAUGGGAACAUAGGAUUGGAGCACCUGGAGUUGAAGAAAUUAAGAGUAAUCCUUUUUUUGAAGGAGUUGACUGGGAACAUAUCAGGGAGAGGCCCGCUGCGAUAUCAAUUGAGAUAAGAAGCAUUGAUGACACUUCAAACUUUGAUGAGUUUCCUGAAUCGGAUAUUCUCAAGCCAACAGUGGCUACAAGUAACCACCCAGAGACGGACUACAAGAACAAAGACUGGGUCUUCAUCAAUUACACGUACAAACGUUUUGAGGGCCUGACAGCACGAGGAGCAAUCCCAUCCUAUAUGAAAGCAGGAAAAUAGCCAGCAGUGAAGUGGGAUCAUUUGGGGGAACAUGGUUCUGUGCACAGCCCUGGGGCCACCUUCUUUCACAUUCGUGUGUAAGGGCUAUGAGCUUCUGAAAGGUUUUACAGAACCUGCCCUGUCCUGGUGAACAGUGAACCUUCUGAAAGGUGAUAGGUGGAUUUUCUUCUUUUGUGGCAUCUGAAGACUCCAACCAAACAUUUCUGCUGCGUCAGCUGUAGACAACUGUCCUGCUUCUUCAGAAGCAGGAUGGGCCAGUUUCACACGUACUCAAAAGUUCUUUAGAAUGAAGAAGAUUCUGUCAUCCAACAUGACUGAGCCUGUAGUUCAUUCUUGUCCAAUCCCAGCCAAGUCCUGUGUCUUUGUGAUGUGUCUUUGCCAGUCCUCCUGGUUGUCCUCCCAUCAUGGCUAAAUAGCCCUACAGUUCCCAGGAAAUCAAGCAAUAAUAGAAAUGGAGGACAUAGUCUGGCUUCUCUGUCGAGUGACGUGAUGGUAAGAUUUUCCCAGACCUCAUUAGAUACCGCUCCCCAGUUGCUGUCUUUGAUGGUAUUCUCAGUUUUCUUCAUGGCCUCCAUUUGUGAUGAUGCACUUUACUUAUGGUACUAGGAGAAAGACACAUUUAGGCCUUGAUUACUCACCCAGUCACCCUGUUCCCCCUCCCCGGAACUAAAAUACUCAUACUCCAUUUCUGAAUUGUUGAUAGGGACUCCCAGUUGGGUCCAUUAAGAUGACCUGAAAAGCCAUUAUGCAUUGCCAAGGAGUCCUGGAUCAUGUGGAAAAAAAUAAGCCCCUGCUUCCUCUUCACUGUUGUAUGUGAAAACCCUCGGGCAGGCAGGCCACUGGCUCAUCUUGUCAUGCUGCCAAUAGGAACCCACUUUCCCUAAAGAAACCCAGCCCAGCUGCAAAACUACAGAUUCACAAGAGCCAUCCUGGGACUCAACAAGGGAAUGGUGCAUUAGCCACUGCCGUCUCUUGGCUGCUCUGCUUGUGCUGACUCCAAGCCUAUUGCAAAGAGGCUAAGGAGUCGGCCUAUUGGAAUGGUGCAGAGAUACCUUCAUCUUUGUUUGUAGCUGUUUGCUCCUCACUUCCUCUGUAUCUCUCCUUUCCCUGCUUUAGGUAGCCUUGUCACUUUGGUACCAUGAUUGAAAAUUGUUUUUCUUUUCAGAUGCCUUUUUAGGAGACCCUUCCUCCCUCAAAAAGGGUCUCAUGUAGAUUGGAUGGAAUGUGUCUAAAGGACACUGGGUCAUGUCUAUAAGCACAUUCAUCCAUGUCUGCUAUGGGGUACUCUCCAUGAGAGACCCUGAAAUUAGCACAAAGUGCCUUCUCUUUUACAGCUGCCACCUCUAGAGGAAUAUUGCUUGGUCAGAAAAAUGUGGAGGCUCCAUAUUAAUGCAUUAUUUUUUUUAAACUUUUGAUAAUUCUUAAAGCAUUAUUUUGCACCUGUUUGGUAAAUUUGCCUGUGCAAGAGGGUCAUGGCUGAGCUAUAGCUGGGAGGCUCAUUUCUGUCCAUCUUAAAGCUGUUUAGAUCAAUUUUUAAAGGAAAGUGUGUCAAUAUAGCCAUUCUCAAAAAGGAAUACCCCUGCUCUGUUUGGGGAGCAAGAUAUAAUAAUGAUAGCAUAUGAAACUGCCCCAGGUUUAGUGUUUGAAAGGAAAAAAGAAAAUUAGGAAAGUCUCACCUCCAGAUGGAGAAAAUGUGUUUGGCACUAGGCUUAGUCGCUCAGUAAUAGCUUAUUUAGCAGAAAGGGAUUCAAAGGGAUUUUAACAUGUACAUUUGUAGUCCUUUGUAUUAUAAAGUAGUCACUGUCAUGUCUUGGAUCCAUCUUGUUUUGCAGAGUGCUAAAUGAAGAGAGAAAUACAGGGUAUGCAUCCUGUGCGCUGGAGAGUAGGGGGUAGGGAGGUUGUGAUUUGUUUAGGGAGAAGACAUCCACAUUUUAACCAUUAAAAACUUCUGAAUAAACGGUGUGGUAAUUGUAGUGUGAA